GUGCCCGCUCCGGAAUCUCGGCCGCCGUCUGGGGGCUGAGGCGGCGCGUGCACGCGUGCGCAGUGCGCGGGCGGGCCGUCGUGGGCGCCGCUCCCGGCAGCUCGGUGCCUGUGGGACCCGGGGCCGCGGCGGCGCGGGUGCUCCGGGGCGAGGGCCGCCUGGAAGUUCGGCGUGAGGAGCGCGGCCGCGCCGGUGCGGGGGGAGAGCGAGGCCGGGCUCCGGGAGCGCGGCGCCGGCUGAAGCGAGCUGGGAGGCUCGAGGGGCCGGCGGGCGCUGUGUAAUGUUCAAGCUCAGAAAUGCCUUAUGUGGAUCGUCAGAAUCGAAUUUGUGGUUUUCUAGACAUUGAAGAAAAUGAAAACAGUGGGAAAUUUCUUCGGAGGUACUUCAUACUGGAUACCAGAGAGGAUAGUUUUGUAUGGUACAUGGAUAAUCCACAGAACCUACCUUCUGGAUCAUCACGUGUUGGAGCCAUUAAACUUACCUACAUUUCAAAGGUUAGCGAUGCAACUAAGCUAAGGCCAAAGGCUGAGUUCUGUUUUGUUAUGAAUGCAGGGAUGAGGAAGUAUUUCCUACAAGCCAAUGAUCAGCAGGACCUGGUAGAAUGGGUAAAUGUGUUGAACAAAGCUAUAAAAAUUACAGUACCAAAGCAGUCAGACUCACAGCCUCAUUCUGAUAACACAAGUCGCCAAGGUGAAUGUGGGAAGAAGCAAGUGUCUUACAGAACUGACAUUGUUGGUGGUGUGCCCAUCAUUACCCCAACUCAGAAAGAAGAAGUAAAUGAAUGUGGUGAAAGUAUUGACAGAAAUAAUUUGAAGCGGUCACAAAGCCAUCUUCCUUACUUUACUCCUAAACCACCGUCAGAUAGUGCAGUUAUCAAAGCUGGAUAUUGUGUAAAACAAGGAGCAGUGAUGAAAAACUGGAAGAGAAGAUAUUUUCAAUUGGAUGAAAACACAAUAGGCUACUUCAAAUCUGAACUGGAAAAGGAACCUCUCCGUGUAAUACCACUUAAAGAGGUUCAUAAAGUCCAGGAGUGUAAGCAAAGUGACAUAAUGAUGAGAGACAACCUCUUUGAAAUUGUAACAUCAUCUCGAACUUUCUUUGUGCAGGCCGAUAGUCCUGAAGAGAUGCACAGUUGGAUUAAAGCAGUCUCGGGCGCCAUUGUAGCGCAGCGGGGACCCGGCAGAUCUGCAGCUUCUAUGCGGCAGGCCAGAAGGCUGUCGAAUCCUUGUAUACAGAGGUAUACGUCACGAACUGGGGAAUGCAGCACGAGCAUUCCAGCUGUCCUUCCGAAUCCAAACACGCUCUCCACUCUGCCAGUGCCGCAGCAGCCACCCCACAUUCCACAGCCUCUCGCAGCAACUCUUUGGUCUCAAGCUUUACCAUGGAGAAGCGAGGAUUUUACGAAUCUCUUGCCAAGGUCAAGCCAGGGAACUUCAAGGUCCAGACUGUCUCUCCAAGAGAACCAGCUUCCAAAGUGACUGAACAAGCUCUGCUAAAACCUCAACAUAAAAAUGGCCCUCAGGAACAAGAUUGUGACCCCGUGGACUUGGAUGAUGCAAGCCUUCCAGUCAGUGAUGUGUGAGAUUGAAGCUCGCGGAACCUGACCCGCCUCAUCAGCCCUCAGUGUCCUUUCAUGAGGCUUCUCGCCAAAGAUGAUAAUGGGGAAAUGGUGUUAAUGCGUAUAGUAUACUGCCUUGUCGAUGUUCUCUUUAUAAGCUGAUAAGCCAAGAAGCUCGGGAGUGGCCAAACUAAAUGCAAUUUCUGUAGAAAAAAGAAAGACAAAAGCCCUAAGUAUCUCAGUAUCAGCUCUCUGAAGCUUUGUUCCCACUGGGAUGAUGAAAGUGUGUGUGUGAUGUUUUUUCCUAGUGAAUUUGACAAUUUAAAAUUUUCAAAAUUUAAAACAUGAAAAAUGCUUAUUAAUUAUUUUGGUUGUUUUGAAAAUGCUACUGUGACUUCCUAUUAGAUGUUCAACCUCUACACAUUCUUACUGGUUAAUAUUAUUGAAUGAAAUAUUGCCAGACAAAGAUAUCUAAA